UAUAAACGAACCUUGAACAAGGCUUCAAAAACUAAGCAAAGCUAAGCAAGGUUCAAAAAAAAUCGUUGACUCGCCGACUCGGGAUCUGCCAUGGCCCCUUCAAAAUUGGAACACGACCGUCUUCAGCUUGUUAACACGUCUGUGCAGAUGAUACGCGGUCUCGAAGACUUGGUGAAGUCGAUGAAACACUGCGUCGAGACUUCGGAGGCGUACCUCACAUCAUACAAGGCUGCAUUUUCUGGUAACGGACAGGAAGAGGAUGUGAAACCCGUUAAGGGCAAACGAAAGCACUCUGACGUAGAAGAGCCUGUUGUCGAUGGCAAACGCAAGCGCCUCGUGAAGACGAAAGAUCCCAACGCGCCCCGACGCCCUGCCUCGACCUACCUGUUGUUCCAGAAUGACAUGCGUAAGGCAACCAAGCUCGAACACCCCAACAUCACAUUCCAAGAGCUCACGAGCCUGAUGUCGAAAAUGUGGUCAGAAAUGACGGCGGCAGAAAAACAGACAUAUUAUGAAGAAGAGAUGGCUGCAUACAAGGCGCUGCCGAAGGUCGAUGGCGAGGAUGAAGAAGGUUCAGCGCCUGCUGCCACGAGCAAGACUACCCGUGCCCCAAAAGAAAAGGCGACCGACAAGGUGAAGGAGAAAACGAAGAAGGACGAAAAAGCCGAGAAAGCGAAGGAAAAGCAGAAAGAGAAAGAACGCGAGCUGGAGAAGGAAAAGGUGGUGGAGAAAGAGAAAGAGAAAGAGAAGGAACGCGAGCAGGAAAAAGCCAAGCCCAAGCCCAGAAAGUCAACGACGGCACCACCUCCUGUGGAAUCUAGCUCGAGUGAUGAAGAAGAAGAAGAGGAAGAGGAAGAGGAUCGUCAUCAUCUUCCAGCGAGAGUUCUGAGGAGGAGAGCUCACCAGAGCCAGCCCCAAAGAAAGCCAAGACUUCGGCACCUGCAUCGACCGCGACGACCAAGAAGAAGAGGGCGUGAUGAGAGGGGCGUGUUCUACGUGAAUACCCAUGCUCAGCCGCCAGUUACUACAUGGAACCAUCCACUAGGGCCGCCGCCGGCCGCCGGCCCCCCGCCUAGCCAGUACGGUCCUCCAGCCGGCCCCCCGCCUCCUGAUAAUCGGGGGUACAACCAGCCCCCGCCGCAACAGGGCUAUGGUGGAUACGGUAAUCCCCAGGGGCAAUACGGUGGCUACAACCCCGGCUACCCACAACAGCCACAGGGUUACGGUGGAUAUCCACAACAGCCGCAAGGGUAUGGUGGGUACCCACAGGACGGGUACGGCCAGCAACAGCAGAGUGGGGGAAGCAAAGGUCGGUGAUGUUCACAGCUUUAACUGAUGUGUUCUAAUUCCUCCAUCUACCAUAGGAUUACUUGGCGGUCUCUUUGGAGGCGGAAAGCAGAACAACCAAGGCUACCCUCCGCAACAAACCGUCUACCAACAACAGCCACCAAAGAAGUCGGGUGGUAUCGGCAUGGGCGGUGCCCUUGCUCUCGGUGCGUAUCGCCUCCGUCUUGUCACCUGCUUUGAUCCCUCAUUCUCUUUUAGGCGCCGGUGGUCUACUCGGUGGAGCUUUGCUCGCAGAUGCUAUCAAUGACAACGAAAUGGACGCAUACCAAGAUGGUUUACAAGAUGGCGCUGACCAAGAUGGCGGUGAUUGGUGAAAAUGGUUCCUUAUCUGCUUCGUUCUUCUUUCUUCCUUCAACUCC